AUGCCGAUGAGCUGGACCCCAGAGGCAAACGUCAAGCUCUUCAUCGGCGUUCUGGAACAGAUCAAGACCCAAAGCGUCAAGCUGGACUACAAGGCUCUCGCCGAACACAUGGGACCCGAAUGCAACGCAAAGUCUGUACAGAACCAGUUCACCAAGCUGAAGAAGCAAGCGGCUGAAGAAUACGGUAAUGCGGGUGCAAACACGCCGGAUAUACCCAGCAAUACACCGAAGAGACGCCGUGCUCCUGUGGGCUCGAAAACAGGUACUCCGGCUAAGAAGAAGAGGGGUGAUGCUGAGGUCUUGGGAGGUGACUCUGAUGCCGAGGGAGAGACAGAUAUCGACCAGGAGAUUCUGGAUAAGGUUAGCGCGGAGCUCAAGGAACUGGCGUGA